AUGAAAAUUGCAAUGCCAACCAAGCGCCCUGCCUUCGGCAACACCAUCAAUUGGUCCAGCUCUGAUUGUCAUGUCACAAUGAUGGAUACUCCCAAGACAACUCCAGUUCUUUCUUGCUUUGCUUGGAGGCUCAAGCCCCUCAAACCAGCUUCACAGAAGAGGCUUCAGGACGGAGUGGAGCGAGCUGUUGAGGAUCUUGGAAACAACCGAGACGUCACUAUCUUCGUCACUCUUCCGGGCUUUGUCUAUUGGCCAAAGGAAAUGUUUGUCGACUUCAUUGGUUAUUGUCAAUUCCUUGGAGAUGUGGAGCGCCUUUGCACUGCUACCUCUGAUUGCAUCGUUCUCUUCACCACGACGGGCACUGUUGUUACCAUUCGUAUCUUCGGCAAUGACAAGGCAAUGACUGCGACCAAAGAAGACCAGGAUGAGUCUUUCGAUUCUUUUGUGGAGGAAGAAGGGCUCACUCAAGAGGUCUUGUCUGCUGUGAAGAUGACCCCCCAAAAGAAGGCCAGCAAGAAGCGUGGACUCACCAAGUGA